AUGAGGAGUAUAGAGGAGAGUGACUGCAGCACCACUCACAGUUUCCUUUUUGGAGCACUGGCUGAACUGCUGGACAAUGCAAGAGAUGCAGGGGCUGCAAGACUUGAUGUGUUUUCAGUGGAUAAUGAAAAACUGCAGGGUGGAUUCAUGUUAUGCCUCCUGGAUGAUGGAUGUGGUAUGAGCCCGGAGGAAGCUUCAGAUAUCAUUUACUUUGGAGCAUCCAAGAAACGAUUAUCAACCUUGAAGUUUAUUGGGCAAUAUGGCAAUGGUCUUAAAAGCGGAUCCAUGAGGAUUGGGAAAGACUUUAUUCUUUUUACAAAGAAGGAAGAAACGAUGACCUGUGUGUUUUUUUCUCAGACAUUCUGUGAAAGAGAAGGCCUUAGUGAGGUUGUGGUUCCAAUACCCUCAUGGCUAACAAGAACCAGAGAAUCUGUCACAGAUGAUCCUCAAAAAUUCUCAACGGAAUUGUCUAUAAUUUAUAAGUACUCUCCAUUUAAAACUGAAGCUGAGUUGAUGCAGCAGUUUGAUGUCAUUUAUGGGAAAUGUGGUACUUUGCUGGUUAUUUAUAACCUGAAGCUUCUGCUUAGUGGAGAACCAGAGUUGGAUGUUAAAACUGACAAGGAAGAUAUACUGGUGGCUGGAGAUUCUGAGGAUUUUCCAGAGAGAUGGUCAUUCAGAGCCUACACAUCUGUUCUCUAUUUUAACCCUUGGAUGAGGAUAUUCAUUCAGGCCAAAAAAGUUAAAACAAAACACCUGUAUUACUGCCUCUACAAACCCAGAAAGUAUCUGUAUGUCACAUCUUCUUUUAAAGGAGCAUUUAAGAAUGAAGUUAAAAAGGCAGAAGAAGAAGUAAAGAUUGCUGAAUCUGUACUGAAAGAAGCACAAAUCACAGUAAACCAGCCUAAUACAACUUCCUUGUCUUCUCCUGCCAAGGAUAUAUUACAGAAAGCUAUGAAAGAUGUAGAAGCAAAGCGUAAGAUUCUUAGAGAGAAACAGAGAGAAUUAAGAAAAGCAAGGACACUUUCCCUGUUCUUUGGAGUGAACAUAGAAAACCGAAGCCAAGCUGGGAUGUUCAUUUACAGUAAUAACCGCUUGAUCAAAAUGCAUGAGAAAGUGGGCCCACAGUUGAAACUGAAGUCCUUACUUGGUGACGGUGUGGUUGGAAUUGUUAAUAUACCCUUGGAGAUCAUGGAGCCAUCCCAUAAUAAGCAGGGAUUUUUCAAUGUCCAAGAAUAUAAUCACCUACUGAAAGUCAUGGGACAGUACUUGGUCCAGUACUGUAAGGACACUGGAAUCAAUCUUUGCCUUAAAUGGAGAGUCUUGCCGCCUCCUGUUAAUUUUCAGGAAAAAGACUUUUUUGACAUCUGGAUUUGUGCUAAUAAUCCUAACCACUUGGAAAACAGUUGUAAUAAAACAGAACGCCUACCUCUCAUCCCCCUGGGCAACAUGAACACAGUGCUACCAUCAAAAAAUGAGAAAGAGAAGCAACUUCAAGAGUCAGUCCAGAGGUAUCACAAUCGACUGGCUGAACAGCAUCCACAGCCUCAGUUUAUACCGAUAAGUAGGAUCACUGAACUAAAAACAUGUUCUUUGUUAUAUAAGGAAAAUACAAAAACUCAGAAAAUCAGGCCUUUGGAUGAUGACUUGAAGCAUGAAUCUGCUGCAUCCUUUGAGCUUUUGGUCAACCACAGAGGCUUGAAAAGAAACACAGAAGCAACAGACUCUGAUGUAGAGUACAUCUCAGAGACUAAGAUUAUGAAGAAGUCUGUACAGAAGAAAGCGAAACCUCAACCACAGAGACACCCAGCAGCCCUGCAGGAAAAUGCCAGACUAGCUGAGAGAUCCCAGGCCUCUUCUUGGGAAAUGAAAAAGAAGCAGAGUCAAAACCUUGUGCACGAAUGUAAAGCUUUGAUCGAAACUGAAGCCAGCAACAGCAGCCCAGACGUGAUCCUGGUUUUAGAUGAAGAUGACACUGAUGUUUCAUUGAAACAAGAAAAAAAUGAAGUUUCUCUUAUGAAAAAAGAAAAACAGGAACUGUGCAGUGAUACUCCAGAAAUAAAGAGAAACUCUUCAUUGCUUAACUGGGAAAGCUUAUUUUUGUGCAGUGUGCCCACGGAAGAUUUAAGUCCAAGUUCUGGACACAAAGCAGAAGUUCCUGUGAGUGGUGGUUGUGAAUUUGCCUCUUCCCUGGCAAAGUCUUCUCAAAGCACAUCUGUCAAGGAGACAGUAAGAAAACUGACGUCUAAUUUAAGGGAGAUUCUUCUACAUUUUUUUCCUGAGUAUCAGCUACCACCAGACUUUGGCUAUACAUCUUUGGAGGAACUCAUAGCAAGUUCUGAGCUGGAGCAAUGCCCAGAGCAGACAAACAAAAAGCUGAAAAUGGUUUUCAAUCAGAUGCAGAAUAUUUACAUGAUUCAAUAUGAAAAAAAACUAAAGAAAAAAAUGCUGUCCAUUAUCUGUGAUGCAAAUAGAAGAGGAGUGGUUAAUGAAAUAUCUGUGGGACAAUAUGAAAGAAAAAGAAAAGUUACUGAAGAUAAACUUAAUAAUCUUCGUGUAAAACUGGCAGUAUUGUUGGAGAAACUUAAGCUGGGUGGUCCAACAGGAGACCUGGAGCAGAUUGACAGUUAUUUAGAAGCUUUGCUUAAAGAAGACAAUCUCCUUUCUCACAACACUUUAAGUAAAGUAACUAUGGAUACAGGACUGGAAAACAGCGGUUUUCAAAAUUAA